ACGAAGUAGAGCUAAUUUUAGCUCUUCGUCGGUCAAACUUUGAUCUCUUGAUUUUUCGCAUCGAGUGAGACCCUUUCCGCCGAUAAUGCGGCGUUUUGAUCUAUAGUGAAAACUCGUUUCGCGGGGGUAGGCGGAGAGGGCGCGGGUUGCCCCGAAUACGUGGGGUUAUUAGCUUGAAAGCUUUCCCGGUGAUCGUACGAGAAGCUUUCCGAGAUUUGUUUUGAAAAUGAGGUGCAAACCAGACUUCCGACUAUUCUUAGUCGUUAGUUAAAUGGAAUUCAACACUCUUGCAGACCGAAGGAAAGAGUUCCAGCUUCAGAUCGUAGAUUUUUCUUUUAGAACAUUCGUUAAAUUCGAUAUUUGUUAACAUAAAUAAGGUGCGUUGCUACGGUAAUCAGUUUUUUAUUUAAUGCUAUUUCAAUAUACCAUAGUAUUAUGAAAUCAAAUAACACGCAAAGCAUUGAUUUUUUUUUGGAAAAUUCUACAUUUUUUUUGAAAUAUUAACGAAAAAAUAGCAACUUGGUUAUUUUCCUAUGAAACACGAACCUUCCUCCUGGAGUAUGUGUGUUGUUUGACUGGUUUUAAUCAAGAGGCCUGGCGUUUAUAGUCUGUCUUAAUCUGCAUGGCGUAGGCUUUUGCCCGCAGAUAAUAAAUUCAAGGCUACGAAUAUCUAUACAUAAUUAUAUUUUUAUUUUACAUGUCUAAUCUAAUUCUGUUUCACUAUUAGAGUUGUUUUGUAUAGAAAUGUAAGAAUCCCCAAUUUUUAUAAUGUACUGUACUGAUUUUUUGCAGCAGUAUGUUAUUAAUUACAUUUUUUUUAUCGCGUUUACAACACUGGGACUUAAAGUAGAAGUAACAUUUUCGGCUCUGGCUUUUAAUUUUACUUGUUCCACAAAUGCUCCAUGAAAUGAUAGGGAGAAAGAAGUAAAACAUUUUUUCCAGCAUAUUCAGCCAAAUUAUGGCAUACAUACUAUUUUUUAAUUGCUUAUCGAGCAAGAAAUGAAUUCGACACGAUAUUCCUAUAUUCCCGUAAAAUAUUUUUUUUGAACGCACAUGACGUAAUAAUACGUCAUUUUUUAUUUAAAAUCCAGUAGCCGCUGACGUAGUAGUACGUUUUUGACAGAAUAACUUGGUGCCAUCAAACAGUCGAUUUAUUUUAAGUGGCUUUUUAUCAGUUCUUAAAUAAAUGUGGAUUAAUUUAUUAUUUAACCUGUUUUACAAUGGAAGAAGACGAUUUUGAAUGGAAAGUAUGGUAUGCUUAUCAGAAUAUUAUAACGAAGUCCAAAUUCUACAACGGAAGUGGACAAAAGUUGCAAAAUCUGGUAAAAAAUCUUUUAGAUAAAUAUGAAAAUAUUUGGUACCAUGUUUACAUGGUUAACUAUUAUUUCGAGGAAGAUAAAAUUAUGUGGUAUAAUUAGAGAAAAUCGUCGGUUACCUCAAGAUAUAAAAAAAAAGUUAAAAAGAGGCCACCAUGUUUUCCGUAGAAAAUGAUGAAUGAUCUCAGCGAUACAUCAGUAAAACUGGUGAAAUUAUUAAAAAACCAGAAAGUAUUAUGGACAAUGGACAAAAAAGGCUUUUAUGUUUAUGUCGAAUUGCGCGUUAUUUAAUUCAUUUGUGAUGUACAAGAAAUUGAACCCGGCAAAGAAACUAAAAUUUACCUCUUAUUUACUAGAAGUUGCUAGAAGUUGGGUCGAAAUUCAAGAAAAUGUGGGUUUAGAAGCAGAAGUUUCUGAAGGGCUAUCAAAAAGAGCUUGUCGUGAAGAUCCACCAAGUAGGAGAUAUAACUUAAAACUUAAAAGUUCGGGGAAAGAAUUUUCCACAGGAACGGUGCAGAGUCUGCAAAAUUCACGGCACAAGGAGAGAGACUUGCUUCAUGUGCGGAUAUUGCGAAAUUCCUCUAUGUGUUGGAAAAUGUUUUAAGGACAACCACACUAAAAAAAAAUAUUAGGAAUGUAAUUUUCAAAUUUUCAAUAACUUCGUUAAAGUUUUAUUGGGGUGGGACCGGCGAAAACCAACACAAUGAAAAUUGAGAGUUCUAAUGCCAAAAUAUAAAUCAUUUAUUCUGAUUUUUACAGUUUUUAAUGGUCCUUUUACCAUUGUAAUGAGUCUUCGAAUGAUGCAACAAUCCACGUGGGUUGUGGUAGCAUUUGCUUUUGCUCGUUCGUCAAACGUUGCGUCACUGUUUGCCUUCCGUAGAAUUUGGGUAAGGAUGACGUAACCGAAAAUAAGCUAACAACCAGAUAAGAUACCGCCACCAAUUUUGUUAAAAUGAAAAUAAAAUUCAAGGAACCCGAGAUAAGGAAUCCAAGCGAUUUAGGGGCGGAUCUGACCUUGACGAUGCCUUAACAACUUUUGAAUGGUGAAAUUAUAAAUUAUCUCAAUGAAAGUAUUGUUUAAGUCUAUUAAAAGACGAAGAUGUCCAAUUCUCUGUGCUUCGUUUUUCGAUUCGAUUUUCGCAUUGUCAAGCUCGACAGAUCAUGCAUAAACCUGACGAAUGUCCCCCAGGCAGGCAUAUUUCUGAUAUCUACACCACAAAAUUUUAGUUCAAAAUAAUGUACAACAUUUUCACUACGUAAUUGUCUCAUUAAUUGGUAUGAAAGUUAGCCAGUACUUUUUUAACUUUAAACAAGAACAAUUUUUCUAGAAAAUAUGGUUUUUGCCAAAAUUAAUUUUCUCCAGUUUUCUCAGCAGUUACUUAUGGAGAGACGUAUUUUCUGAAGGAGUCGCUUUUUAGACAGCAACUAAUCAAGCUAGCGUUAUUAUUUCAAUGUCGAUUUACCCUAGAAAUGGACGAAACGUUGAAUUUUUUUUUUUAUUAUUAUUACUGUUUCUGCUAAAAAUUGAACAUUCUUUUAGAUUUUUAUCAGGGAGCACAACUUCCAGCUGACAGCGGUGUUGCCAAUAAAUACGAAGGUAAUAAAAAGACAAAGCCCUACGUCAAAACUGUCACUCAAAAAAAAAAACUCGCCGAGAAUCAACGUUCUUAAAAGUUAAGGUGAUUAAGUUAAUUUCUGGACAAGCCGAAAACUAUAUCUUGGACCCAUACAGGUUCUUUAAACUUAGGUCAAAUAUCGUAACUUUUGUUUAUGGUACGCUAAAUAAAUGGAUUUUUUCUUUAACAAAAUUAUCGGACUUACUUAAUGUCUACUUCCUCUUAUCCAAAUCAGCCUGAUAUGUCAGAUAGACUAAUUUGGUUUGCUCUAUAAUGGCGUGAAGAUUUAAAUACCUGUAUCAAUAUAAUAGCCUGCACGAUCACCAGACAUAACUCCAUUGGAUUUUUUCCUCAGAGGAUCGAGAAAAAUCAAAAGUGUACACGGAAAAACCACAUAAUUUAGAUGACUUCAAAUUUAGAAUUAGAUACGAAAUAAGGAAAAUUAAUUAAAACAUUGUCAAGAAGUUAAUGGUAUUUUUAACGUCUAAUAAAAUAGUUUUGAUGAUUUUGGUGUCGAUAUCUACUGUUUGACCUACCUUGUAUAUUUUCUGUUUACUGUAAAAAAUGCAGAAUGCAUUUUUCUUGAACUCCAAUACCUGAUGUUUGAUUAAUCUAUGUCGACGGACAGAGACAUGUACCUUUCAAAAUAUAUUCGUGAAAAUUGACGUUGAUUUGUCGUGAACUUUUUGAAGAUGCCGGGAAGAUAUAAUCAACUAAUAGGUUUGAAUAUCGUUUCUUUUUUCAGUUGGAAACAGUGCUAAAGGUAUAUAGUACGUUUAGUGUCUUUUAACUGCGCAUUGCAACAAAACUCGGUUUCCGCAACGUACAACGUAUUUUUUCCCCUGACAGGUUCCGCUUGUGGAAUGAAAACUGUAUUUAUUCUGUUCGUGGAAUGUAUUGUAACCAUGUCUUCGUAUUUUAUGACAAUUAAUUAUAUAUCAAAUAAUAAUAAUGAUAAUAAUAUAAGUAUGGUCUGUUCAUAGAUAUAAGAAAGUGACCAAUUGCUUUUGAGUGGAAUUAUCCAAGAGUGGUCAUUAAUAAACAAUGCAACAAGAUUAUUACCUAAAGUUUCGGAAUUUAAAUUCAGGUAAAAUUGUGGUCCGUGAUAGAAAAUAAUUUUAUACCUCCUUGUGUUUAAUAUUCUUUGGUUUGGUAUGCUACUUACUUUAAUCGUGUGCGUCUAGUGUAUUCUAUUGACACUAAGGAAGUUAUAAACAAUGUUUAUUUGACUCUCAUCGAAAGAGGUGCCAGCAAGAAGAAGAAACCGCCACAUUGACGAAAAUUCCGACAUCAACUGUAUGGAAAAUUGUGAAUAAUCCCAUUUCAGCGAGGAAAAAAGAAGCGAAGAAACUCAAGCAAAGUACGGACCUGUUCGGCCAUAUUUCAUUCUUACAGCUUGCCCGGGUCUUGCCUUAAUUCGUAUCUGUUAGUCACUUUCUUAUAUCUAUGAACAGACUUUACACUAACAAAUGGUACAACACUACUAACAAUACCGAGAACUAAAAAAAAGCAAAAUUAUUUGCUUUGUUUGUUUGCCCUGGGACGCCAUAUUGAAUUUCAGAUCUACUUAGAUUUUGGGUUUGGAGGUUAGAAACUUUGACGUUUGACGCCGUAGGGUCAAACGUCAAAGUUUGACAUUUACCCUGCUCCGAGGUUGGAACGUAAAAAGCCGCGUCAUCAUCGUCAUUUACCGUCCGCAGUAUCGUCGAUUUCGGGAGUGGGGGAACCGAUAACGGCCCUUUUAUCAUAUCCGAGAGCUCGUCGACGUGAAAGCGCCAUGCGGCAGCCAGUUCAAAUCGAGCGACGCACGCGAAAAAACGGAAAGCUCGACGGUAGUUGCGCUGCGAGCGAUCCUCAGUACACGUGGUGCGUCCGUGUCGACUCGUAGUGCGCCAGGAAGGCACACGCACACGCAAAUAUGGCAGAACACCACGCGAUGAAGCGACGCGAAGACGAGGAGGAGAGCGAGAGUCCCCCCGCCCCCGACGGUGGUUGGGGUUGGAUGGUCGUAUUCGGAUCGUUUAUGAUCCAUGUAAUAACUGACGGCGUCACCUACUCGUUCGGCAUUUUCUACUACGAGUUCCUGGAAUAUUUCAAGGAAGGAAAAUCACUGACGUCCUGGAUUCUCUCCAUACUAGUCGGCGUCACGCUGUGCUCAGGUCCGAUAUCGAGCUCGCUGGUGAACCGAUGGGGGUGCCGCGCGGUUACGAUCGCGGGCGCCAUCUUGGCUUCCGCGUGCAUGGUCGUUUCCUAUUGGGCGAAGAACGUCAUCACGCUCUGCGUAACGAUCGGUAUCGGUACGGGUCUCGGUUUCGGACUCAUUUACCUGCCGGCCAUCGUCAGCGUCACGAUGUACUUCGAGAAGAAACGUUCCCUAGCGACCGGGAUAGCCGUCUGCGGUUCCGGUUUCGGCACUUUCAUCUUCGCCCCGAUCAUAUCGAAACUGCUGACCGCAUACGGAUGGCGCGGCUCCCUAAUGAUCAUCGCCGCCAUCGUGUUGGGCUGUACGGUGUUCGGCGCGUUGUUCAGGCCGUUGGAAAAACCGGAAAAGGAGCUGAGCGAUAAAACGUUGAAGGCGUGCGAGGCGCAGCUGGACGUGCGGGUGUCGGAUCGGGAGUUCACGGAGUACGGUCCCGUGAUGCACGCGAACGGAGAGAGCAAGAUGCUGAGGCCGCACAGCGUCGCGCAUUUCUCGUUGCCCAAGUCGACCAAGCACGAACCGAACGGCAACAUCCCGGAGAAAUUGUUCGCGCUCAGUCAACCGAUGCUGAGUCAGUACUACGGCAGCCUGAGACGCCACCACGGACCCAUCGACAAGCCGGACGUUUUCUACCAGGGCAGUCUGAUGAACAUCCCCUCGUACAGGUCGAGGUUGGACUUGAAGCACCCGGACGCGUUCCGGGAGAGGAGCCACUCCGCCUUCAGUUACCGGAAACACUACCGGAGCGGGGGCGACGGUCCCGACGCGGUGGUCUGCGGUUGUGUCUCGUGUUCGCCCGAAACCAAGGACACGCUCAAGGAAAUGCUGGACUUUUCCCUCUUCAAAGAUCCGAUCUUUAUUAUUUUCUCCGUCAGUAAUCUCCUGACUAGUAUCGGGUUCAAUAUACCGUACGUGUAUUUGGUGCCCAAGGGCAUGGAGUUGGGUAUGUCGGUCGAGAAAGCGGGCAUUCUCAUUUCCAUAAUCGGGAUCGCCAACACGGUAGGCAGGAUCGUUCUCGGGUACAUAUCGGACAAACCGUGGAUCGACAGGCUGCAGGUGUACAAUUGGAGUCUUGCCGUUUGCGGAGCAGCGACUUUUAUCAGUGCCUUUUGUGGAAGUUUUGCGACGCUCGCGUCGUACAGUGUGAUUUUCGGCUUCACCAUUGGGGCCUACGUGGGCCUUACGUCGGUAAUUUUGGUCGACCUGCUCGGUCUCGAAAAGCUCACCAACGCGUUCGGACUCCUGCUGCUGUUCCAGGGCAUCGCGUCUCUGAUCGGGCCGCCCCUUGCAGGCGGACUAUUCGACCUAACCCAAUCCUACGAUCCGGGAUUCUGCUUGGCGGGCGUGACCAUAUGCCUGAGCGGUCUGGUACUCUUCGCGAUACCGCCGAUGCAGAGGUGGCGAGCGAACAAGGCGAGACGGACGCCGAUGGUGGUCGAGGAGCUAUAGCGAUUGUUG